CUGUUCCCAGUGAUGGGAGACUCCGCAAACACGAGCACAGUUGGUAACACCAGUGGAGCCCCCUCCUCUGCAGCAUGCCCCCGUGACACCACCAUCACCCACCUGCUCUUCCCCGUGCUCUACACCCUCAUCUUCCUCCUGGGACUCGUGCUCAACAGCCUGGCUUGCUGGGCUUUCUUCCACAUCCCAAGCACAUCAACUUUCAUUGUCUACUUGAAAAAUAUCUUAGUUUCUGAUUCUGUAAUGACCCUGAUGCUUCCUCUGAAGAUCCUGACAGACUCUGGCCUGGCUCCUUGGCAGCUCAAAGCCUUUGUCUGUCGCUUCUCAGCCGUGAUAUUCUAUGACACCAUGUACAUCAGCAUAGUGCUACUGGGGCUCAUUGCUUUCGACAGAUUUCUCAAGAUUGUGAGACCUUUUGGGAAGUUCUGGGUGCAAAAUCUGACCUCAGCAAAGAUCCUGGCAAGUCUCGUCUGGCUCUUCUUCCUUGUUCUCUCUCUGCCCAACAUGAUCCUGUCCAACAAGGCAGCGACGCCGCAGUCCGUGAGGAAGUGUGCCUCCCUGAAGAGCUACCUCGGGCUCAAAUGGCACGAGGCUGUCAACUACAUCUGUCAGUUCAUCUUCUGGACUGUCCUCAUCCUCAUGUUGCUGUUUUAUGUCAUUAUUGCCAAAAAGGUGUAUGAGUCUUACAUAAAAACACAGAAGAAAUACAACAGAAGCGAAAAACGGAUCAAGGGGAAAGUAUUCAUCAUUUUCACCGUGUUCUUCUUAUGCUUUGCCCCCUUCCACUUCAGCAGGGUGCCCUACACUCUGAGCCAAACCAGUGGCCACAUGGGCUGCCACCUGCAGAACCAGCUCUUCGUGGCCAAGGAGAGCACGCUCUGGCUGGCAGCCACCAACGUCUGCAUGGACCCCCUGAUCUACCUGUUCCUGUGCAAGCCCUUUGUGGAGAAGGUGCUGUGCAGGAGGGUGAAGGCUCUGCAGAGAACAGUCCAGACCACCCCAAACACCGAGCUGGACACGCGGGUGUCUCCUACUGAGUCCUGA